UUCCACUAAUCUAAUGCCAUAAUGCGAAAUCUGCAUCAUUUAUUAUUCUGCGACCCACCGAGUGUACCAUCUCCUCGUCCUCCUAUACACGUCGUGAUCGGCGACGACGACGACGACUACGACGAGGGCGAUGCGGAGCGGGGCGUCGCCGCGCCACGGCCGGAACCCUAGCUCCGGGAGUCGCCGGAGCUACGCGAGCUCGGAGCUCUCCGCCGCCUCCUCGUCUUCGUCGGCGGCGAGCCGGAACCCGGUGAGGAUCGCCGCCGCCGCGCUCCGAUCCUGCUUCAGCUCGCCGGAGUCGAUGUCUCCCGACGACUCCUUCGCCGACGACCCCGCCCGCACUCCUGCUCACCUCACACCAUCUACUAGAAGUGGUUCUAGUAGUGGUGGAAGUACUUUCGGAAGUGCGAAGCAAAAAUGGGGUAAGGGAUUGUACAGCGGCGGAUACGCCAAUUCUCCUAAGAGAGGGGAGCCCGGAGGUACGAAGUUCACCAUGGCGGAGAUCCAAAAGGCGACCAAGAACUUCAAUCCGACGUUGAAGAUCGGGCAGGGUGGGUCGGGCAUGGUCUACAAGGGCCAGCUUGAUGAUGGCACUCUCGUCGCCGUCAAGCGUGCAAAGAAGAAUGUGUACGAUUCCCAUAUGAGUCUUGAAUUCCAGAACGAGAUUCAAACUCUGCAGCGCAUCGAGCAUCUGAAUUUGGUUAGGUUCCAUGGGUACUUGGAGCAUGAAGGGGAGAAGAUAAUUGUCGUCGAGUAUGUUCCUAACGGGAAUCUUCGAGAGCACCUUGAUUGUCUGCAUGGAAAGCCUCUGGACUUAGCUACACGGCUAGAUAUCGCGAUCGAUGUGGCUCAUGCUGUUACUUAUCUGCACAUGUACUCAGAUCAUCCUGUAAUUCAUAGAGAUAUCAAAUCCUCAAACAUCCUCCUCACAGAUAAUCUUCGUGCUAAGGUUGCCGAUUUUGGGUUCGCGAAGCUUGCUCCGACUGAGGCCGACGUGACCCAUGUUUCCACCCAAGUUAAAGGGACUGCGGGCUAUCUUGAUCCUGAGUAUCUAAGAACGUAUCAACUCACCGAGAAGAGUGAUGUCUACUCCUUUGGUGUUCUGCUUGUGGAAUUAGUAUCUGGGAGGCGCCCUAUCGAACCGAAAAGGGAGUUGAACGAACGCAUUACAGCAAAAUGGGCGAUGAGGAAAUUCACCGAAGGGAAAGCAAUAGAAACGCUGGACCCGAAUCUUUCGCCGAGCCCAGAAAACUAUUUGGCGGUCGAGAAGAUCUACGAGCUGACUUUACGAUGCCUAGCUCCGACGAGAAACAGCAGGCCCAGUAUGAGGAGAAGCGCCGAAAUUCUAUGGAGCAUAAGGAGAGACUAUAGGGAGAUGUUUCCCCUUGACUCCCUCUCCUCGCCGAAAAGUCAUCAGAGGAACCCUUCAGCAAAAUCACAUUAAUAAAAAACAAGAGCUUGCUAUGUGAUGGUUGAAUGAGUAGUUGUCCCAAGUCUGUGGUGCAUUGGAGAAACUUUCCUGUGUGUUUGUUGUGUGAGAUUUAGUUUUGGUAAUUCAUGGCCUCAUAGUCUUGUUUGUUUUGUUAAGAAAAAUAUGUGCAAGAAAUGAAUAAUGUAUACUAAUUUUAUGUAUAAUGAUUGUUUAGUGCCCUCAUUCUUUGUAAAUUUAUUGGUGCCUGUACUGUCUAAGGAGAAAUGAAUGAUUAGAGAAGAUAUUUGACUAUGAACAGCUUCUGUGAA